AUGGAAUCUGCAGCUUGGUGGGAGCAAGAACUUCGUAUGUUGACUCCAGCUCAGAGGACCGAUUGGAAUGUUUUCAAGGAUGUGUUUCAAAGGAGAUUUGUACCCCCUGAGUAUAUCGACCGUAAGAAACAAGAAUUCACUGAGUUGAAACAGCGAAAGAUGACAGCUAACGAGUAUUAUCGUAAGUUCAUUGAUUUGUCUCGUUACUAUCCUGAUGAGUUCUAUGAGAUAUUGUUGAGGGUAGAGGACUCUGAGAAUAUGUCAAGUGAUAGUGACGAAGAGAAAAACGGCAAUCAGAAGAAAGACGACAAAGGAAAAAGUCAAGUGUCGCUUGGGCCUCGCCAAACUCAAAACUUCAAAAGGGGUGGUGCGAGUUCAAGUUCGUCUAGUGGUGGUUUCAGUGCCUCUGGACAAGGACGUGGAGGCAGGUUUUAUGGAGGUGCUCGAGGCCAGAGACAAGGUGAUGGUGGUCGAAACCGACUCCCAUUUUGCCGUAGAUGUAAUAACCGACAUUUCGGCGAGUGUAGGCGUGGCAACGGUGCUUGUUUCACAUGUGGGCAGAUGGGACAUAUAGCUGUGAAUUGUCCCCAGGGUCAGCAGCAGAAGCCGCAGCAGACCUUUAUGCCGCCACCUGCACCGAUUCGGCAAAUCCAAGGUCCGAGUAAUUAUGGUCAAGCAGGUAGAGGUGGUGCCUAUCACUAUCAGGGUGAUGCUGUUCCCUAUGCCCCGGGACCGUAUCAGUACCCCCAGGAACCGUAUUCACAAGGUGGUUAUCCCCCGUAUCCCAGCAACUACUUACCGUAUCCUCCAGCUCCGAUGGGUGGUUCUCAGUGGUACCAAGGAGGACAGUAUCAGCAGAGUGAGAAUGCUACUAGUAGUGCAGGCUGUUUUAACCCGAAUGCAGCAAAAUCUGCACUUGCAAAAGCGGACAAAUUAUGA